GAGGCGGGGGCCGGGACGACGGCUGGGGCGCCGGGGUCGCCAGCUCCUCGCCCACCUCCCUCCCUGUGGGAGAAGAGGAGGAGGGGAAGUGACUGCGGAGUUGAUGAACUUUGCACAUCCAGAAACGCCAUUUUGAUUCCUUUUCCGGAACAAGUUUGCAUCUCUCCUAGUUCCCUGCCCGAAGCCCACCGGUCCCCUCUGCAUCAUGCCUGGGAGCCAAGUGCCCUGUCCGGCCGUUGCUCUGACUCUGCUCCAGUGGUGGUGGCUUUGAGGUGUGACCCUCUCCACAUUUGGGCCCAGCCAGUGCCAGCUCCUCAGUAAGGAGGGCCAGCUUGAUAAGGCGAAGGAAACAGUGUCAACGAGUGAUUCCAAGGGAAGAAAACAAGAAGUGAACACAAGCCCGUCCUACUGCGCGUGGAUGAUAGCUAUAGCAGGGGAAAGUCUCGUAGUGUAUCAGUUGGGGCAGAAAAUGGAGUUCCAUGGCAGAGGCUUCUUAGAAGCUUAAACCCUUGUCCCAAUGACGUCAAGUUCACCCGUUGGCUUGGAAGGCCCAGACUUGGCUUCCAUCAACACCAUGAUGUCCGCGGUAAUGAGUGUAGGGAAGGUCGCCGAGAACGGCGGGAGCCCCCAGAGCGUCAAGGCCCCCACGAAGCCUCCAGGACCAAAUCGGAUCGGCAGAAGGAACCAGGAAACAAAAGAGGAGAAGUCUUCCUAUAACUGUCCCCUGUGUGAGAAGGUUUGCACUACACAGCAUCAGUUAACUAUGCACAUUCGCCAGCAUAACACGGACACUGGAGGGGCAGACCACUCGUGCAGCAUCUGCGGGAAGUCCCUGAGCUCGGCCAGCUCCCUGGACCGCCACAUGCUGGUGCAUUCUGGCGAGAGGCCGUACAAGUGCACGGUGUGCGGCCAGUCUUUCACCACCAAUGGGAACAUGCACAGACAUAUGAAGAUUCAUGAGAAGGACCCUAACAGUGCUACAGCUGCAGCCCCUCCGUCCCCACUGAAGCGCAGGAGGUUCUCCUCCAAAAGGAAACUGAGUCAUGAUGCCGAGUCAGAGAAAGAAGACCCAGCACCUGCUAAAAAGAUGGUAGAAGAUGCGCAGUCGGGCGACUUGGACAAAAAGGCUGAUGAAGUGUUCCAUUGCCCAGUAUGUUUCAAGGAGUUUGUUUGCAAGUAUGGACUGGAGACCCACAUGGAGACCCACUCAGAUAACCCACUAAGAUGUGACAUUUGCUGCGUCACCUUUCGAACACAUCGAGGAUUGCUGCGCCACAAUGCGCUUGUCCACAAACAGCUUCCCAGGGAUGCGAUGGGAAGGCCUUUCAUACAGAACAACCCCUCAAUUCCUGCUGGCUUCCACGACUUAGGAUUCACUGACUUCUCCUGUAGGAAGUUUCCUCGAAUUUCUCAGGCCUGGUGCGAAACAAACCUGCGGAGGUGUACCAGUGAGCAGCAGCGUUUCGUCUGUGACACGUGUGACAAGGCGUUCCCCAUGCUCGCCUCGCUCACCCUGCACAAGCAGACCCACGCCACCACGGACCAGGGACAGGAAAGGCUGCAGGCCAAGCCCCUGCCUGGUGACGCCCUGGACCAGAAGGUCUUCCUGGCCAUCCUGGGCCUGCAGCACACCAAAGACGUCAGGCCUGCCCCCUCUGAGGAGCCCCUGCCCGAUGACAACCAAGCAAUACAGCUCCAGACACUCAAGUGUCAGCUACCUCAGGACCCUGGCUGCACCAACAUGCUGAGCCUGUCUCCUUUUGAAGCUGCUUCCCUGGGCGGUUCUUUCACGGUCCUCCCGGCCACCAAGGAGAGCAUGAAGCACCUGUCCCUACAACCUUUCCAGAAGGGCUUCAUCAUCCAGCCCGACAGUAGUAUUGUGGUCAAACCCAUCUCCGGUGAGUCGGCCAUUGAGCUGGCAGACAUCCAGCAGAUUCUGAAGAUGGCAGCCUCAGCUCCCCCACAGAUCAGUCUUCCACCCCUCUCCAAGGCCCCUGCCACCCCUCUGCAGGCGAUUUUCAAACACAUGCCCCCUCUGAAGCCAAAGCCCUUGGUCACACCACGGACAGUGGUGGCCACCUCCACGCCCCCUCCUCUCAUCAAUGCCCAGCAGGCCUCCCCCGGCUGCAUCAGCCCCAGCCUGCCCCCGCCACCCCUGAAGCUCCUCAAGGGCUCGGCAGAGGUGGCCUCCCACGCCCACCUGCUGCAGUCCAAGUCCGGGGCCCAACCAAGCAUGGCCACACCGCUCUUCCUUCAGCAGCCCCGGGUGGAUCUGCCCGGCCAGGCCGAGAUAAAGACGCAGCUGGAGCAGGACAGCAUCAUCGAGGCCCUGCUGCCCCUGAGCAUGGAGGCCAAGAUCAAGCAGGAGAUAACAGAGGGGGACCUCAAGGCCAUCAUGACAGGACCCGGCAGCAAGAAGACACCAGCCAUGCGCAAGGUGCUCUACCCCUGUCGCUUCUGCAACCAGGUGUUCGCCUUCUCCGGGGUGCUGCGUGCGCAUGUGCGCUCCCACCUGGGCAUCUCGCCCUACCAGUGCAACAUCUGCGACUACAUUGCCGCCGACAAGGCUGCGCUCAUCCGCCACCUGCGCACACACAGCGGCGAGCGGCCCUACAUCUGCAAGAUCUGCCACUACCCCUUCACCGUCAAGGCCAACUGCGAGCGGCACCUCCGCAAGAAGCACCUCAAGGCCACCCGCAAGGACAUCGAAAAGAACAUCGAGUACGUGACCAGCAGCGCCGCGGAGAUGGUGGACGCCUUCUGCUCCCCCGACACGGUGUGCAGGCUGUGCGGCGAAGAUCUGAAGCACUACCGCGCGCUGCGCAUCCACAUGCGCACACACUGCGGCCGCGGCCUGGGCGGCUGCCCCAAGGGCCGCAAGCCCUUCGAGUGCAAGGAGUGCAGCGCCGCCUUCUCGGCCAAGCGCAGCUGCAUCCACCACGUCCUCAAGCAGCACCUGCACGUUCCCGAGCGCGACAUUGAGAGCUAUGUCCUGGCCGCCGAUGGCCCGGGCACCGCCGGGGUGCCCGCAGAGACCUCGGGGAAGAUAGAGGAGGGUGGUGGGGCCUUUGGCGAGCGGAAACCCCCAGCCACCUUCCUAGAGCCCCAAAACGGCUUUCUUCAUGGCAGUCCCACCCAGUCUCUGCCUCCCCACGUCUCAGUCAAGUUGGAGCCCACCAGCAACUUUACAGUGGACUUCAACGAGCCCCUGGACUUCUCCCAGAAGGGCCUGGCCCUGGUCCAAGUGAAGCAGGAAAACAUGGUCUCCUUCCUCAGCGCCUCUUCCUUGGCCCCCUAUGAUAGCUCGAUGGAGCCCAUCGACUUGUCCAUCCCCAAGAACUUCAGGAGGGGAGACAAAGACGAGGCUGCUCCCAGCGAAGACGGCCAACACGAGCAGGAGCCGGAGAGCCGCGAGCAACCCUCCCCCUGCCCACCGCCUUGCCCUGCCCUGCCGGUGACCUUGGCACCCAGCGGGAUUCUGGAAAAUCUUGUGGCCCCUGCGGCAGCAGCCGCGGCUCUGGAAGCGCACCCCCAGCCCCUGCAGGGUUCUGUCCAGCUGGCAGUCCCCAUAUACUCCUCAGCCCUGGUCAACAGCUCGCCGGUCCUGGGCAACUCCGCCCUCAUCAGCAGCCCAGCCUUGCUGCGACCACUGCGCCCCAAGCCCCCCCUGCUCUUGCCAAAGCCCUCCGUCACAGAAGAGCUGCCCCCACUGGCCUCCAUCGCCCAGAUCAUCUCAUCUGUGUCUUCAGCUCCCACCUUGCUGAAAACUAAGGUGGCUGACCCAGGGCCCACAAACACUGGCAGUAACACCGCAGCUCCAGACAGCCUAGGAGGCACCGUCCCCAAAGCUGCCCCCGCCCCCACCAGCACCACAAGCCCAAAAGAAUCCAGUGACCCAUCCCCUGCUGCCAGCAGUCCUGGAGCAGCGUCCCCCACCGAACAGGGGCCAACUGGCUUGUCAAAGAAGAGGGGCCGGAAAAGGGGGACGAGGAGCCGGCCCCGUGCCAGCAGCGGUGGGGUGGAUCUGGACUCCAGCGGGGAGUUUGCCAGCAUUGAGAAGAUGCUGGCCACCACGGACACCAACAAGUUCAGUCCGUUUCUGCAGACGGCAGAGGAUGAUGCUCAGGACGAGGUGGCCAGAGCCCCUGCAGACCACAACGGGCCCAGUGAUGAAGAGCAGGGCAGCCCUCCGGAAGACAGGCUGCUGAGGGCAAAGCGGAACUCUUAUGCCAACUGCCUGCAGAAGAUCAGCUGUCCCCACUGCCCCCGGGUGUUCCCUUGGGCCAGCUCCCUCCAGAGGCACAUGCUCACGCACACUGGUCAGAAACCCUUCCCUUGUCAAAAAUGCGAUGCCUUCUUUUCUACCAAAUCUAACUGUGAACGCCACCAGUUGCGCAAACACGGAGUUACCAACUGCUCCCUGAGAAGAAACGGGCUUAUCCCCCAGUCAAAAGAGAGUGAUGUUGGACCCCAUGAUAGCACAGAUAGCCAGUCAGACGUGGAGUCGGCCGCGGGAGGUGAAGUGCUGGACCUGACCUCCCGGGAGAAGGAGCAGCCCGCGUCAGAGGGAGCCUGUGAGCCCCGCCCGGGCAAGGAGGAGCCCCCCGCGGAGGAGGUGAGGCCCGGAGCAGCCUCGCCUGUGGACGGGGAUGGGAGGGGAGCCCAGGAGAGCCAGGAGCAGGAGGGAAAGCGUGUGGAGGACAGGGACGAGGACACAGACAGCCCGGAGGAGGACACCGUCAGCAACAAGAGCCUGGACCUCGACCUCGCCAGCAAGCUGAUGGGCUUCAAGCUGGCCGAGGGCGCUGCGGGCAGUGGGGGCGCCACCCAGGCCGACCAGAAGCACACCUGCGACAUCUGCGGCAAGAGCUUCAAGUUCCUGGGGACCCUGAGCCGCCACAGAAAGGUGCACAGCCGCGAGGAGCCCCUGGAGGAGGAUGCACCCCCCACGGAGGACCAGGACGCAGGUGGAGUGGCCGAGGGGCCCAGCCCAGCCGCCACACCCGAGGAGAACCCUGCCGACUCCUGGGCCCCGGAGCCCACGGCCGACGGGGCGGCCGAGAAGCGCAGCGAGGAGGUGGAGGGUGCCUCCGACGGGGAGGGAGCGGCCGAGAAGAAGUUCUCGGAGAAGAGUGACGAAGACAAGAAGCCAAAGACAGACUCCCCCCGAAGCGUGGCCAGCAAGGCGGACAAGAGGAAGAAGGUCUGCAGCGUGUGCAACAAGAGGUUCUGGUCCCUGCAGGACCUGACCCGUCACAUGCGGUCGCACACGGGAGAAAGACCGUACAAAUGUCAGACCUGCGAGCGAACCUUUACCCUGAAGCACAGCCUGGUUCGCCAUCAGCGGGUCCACCAGAAAGCCAGGCAUGCCAGACACCACGGGAAGGACAGCGACAAGGACGAGCGGGCAGAGGAGGACAGCGAGAGCGAGUCUGCCCACAGCGGUCACAACGCUGUCUCGGAGAGCGAGGCCGACUCGGUUCUGCAGGCCACCAGCCACAUGGCCAUCACCCGGAGCCGGAAGGAGAGCCUGGCCAACGCCGCCAGGGAUCCCAGCCGCCGCCAGGAGGAGCGGGUGACUGGUCGGACAGCUGGUGCCAGCCAGGCUGACGCCAGCAGGUGUGCUGCCAGGGCGUCUCCCGCUGGCAGCCCCGAGGAGCAGGCGUCUCAGGGGGACCCCGACCCGGAGAGCCCGGCGGCCCUCCUGCAGGACCUGCUGGAGCUCCAAGGCAAGCGGCCCACCCACCCCAUCCCGGCUGCCGAGGGCACCUCGCCGCUCCUGGGGGUGGAGUGACGGCCCCUCCUGGCCCCCCAGCGUGCAGACGAGAGCCCAGCAGAGCAAAGUGUCCCGAAUCUAUAUUUCAUGAGGUUUCCUCAGUGCCCUUCAGCUGCCGGGGAGCGAGAAAGAGAGAGGGAGACAGUGCCAUAGCCGUACCGUGUCCCAUGCGGGGGACGCGGACCAUCGGCGUGAGUGCCUUAGCUACCUACCCACCUCCGGUGUUAGCCUGGUGGUGUGUUUCCCCACAAUGACUUUUUAAAAAACAAAGAAAAUAUUUUCAUGAGUUAGUUGGAGAGGACCUUUGCAUUUAAGCAUUAACGUUACCUUCUGUAUUGAUGUGUGUGAGCUUGUUCUUGAGAAUCUGUGAUAGUAACGUAUGUUCUGUGAGCUGGAAACAGGAGAUAGAUACGUGUCCUUGGAUAUACCCAUAGCCAAUAACUGGAAGAAAAUGAUGUGAAUUUCAUGUUUACCAGAGAAAAUACAGAUAAGAUGCUCAUUUCUCAAGUAGACCUGGUUUUUGUUUUUUUGUUUUUUUUUCUGUUUGCUACAUGGUGGAGCUGUAAUUCGGUCCCUGGUAUUAUAGCAGGAGAUGGUGGGUGAAGGUUUCCAAUUUGGUUCAAACUCAAACCAGGAAAGAUUCCAGCUUCAACGUCAUCUGUGUUUCCACUCACUCUUUUAACGUUAGACAUGCUACUACUGUUCAGGUUUCAAGACAUCCAUUCUUAACAUACAGAGAAGAGUUACCCUGGCAACUUAACCUAUGGAACACAUGCACAGAUGCCAUAUAUCUGAUUUCCCCCUUUUGGUAUAUGUAUUAUUAAUAUUAUUAUUAUUUUUGUUUUUUAGUUCAUCAGUUUGCUGGUCUCUGCAGUCAGCAGAAACAAAUGGGCAAUAUUUGUCCUGGGAGACCCAGGCUGCCCCUGGGUCCCCACUUAAGUGUCUGCCUGCAGCUUUCCUCAGCACCCUCGGGUGGCAGUUCUUCUACUGUAUUUAGACAAGCCUUUCUUCCGUGACUGCAGAAUCCAGCAGGGGCCGUGAACAGUCCUGCAACACACAGCCAGGAAGCAGCUCAGAGAGGGGACAGCGAGGGUGCGUGUGCCUGGGCUUCUGAGAAAGCCAGGCAGUGAGGAGGCCUGUCACUCACUGGUCUUCCUGCCAAACCUGACCCAGGCCUUACCCACCUGUGCUACUGUCCUUUGCAAAGCAAGGAAAUACUACUACUGGUAAUAAAACUGCACAUGCAAGAUUGAAGAUGAGAACUAGGUGUAUAUUUACCUUCCUGCGAUUUGGGGUUGGUGCUUGAAGAUUAACUUGCUGUUUCCAGGUUGUCAAAGAGCCUGAACCCCUGGGUGCAGAGAGGCAGGAUUUUUCAGGGGCAUCCUAUGUAGGCCGUAGACUUGCCUCACUACAGCUGCCAGCAGUGAAAAGAAAUCGAUCCUGCUGUAGCUGAGCUCGCGCUCAGCAUCCUGGCCUUGAGCGGAGACCUUGAGGAUGCCCAAGCCUUAGGGCUGCUCAGACCUUCUUGCCUCCCCCUAGGGGAGCCAGCCCUGCCUCUGCCCACCUGUCUGAGCGUCCCUGCCCUUCCUGGCCCUCCGUGCUCCUCCUCUCCUGGAACGUGUGCACGCAGGGGCACUCAGCCCCAUUUCCCUCUGUGUCCUCACCUGGCGGCCAAAAUCCUACCACCCAGACUUCAAAGGAAGAUGCAUAUUCUUCAGAUAUCUUUGCAUGUGAAAGGAAAAAGUUUGAGUAUAUAUGAUUUUUAACUGUAUUAGGGAUGUAUGAACCAGUUUCAAAAUGAGGUUUUAUUUUCUCUAGAUGAAUACAGCUCAGAACCAGUGAUCCCCCAGGGUCACUUUAUAGCAAGUGUGGUCCUACUUAAAACCAGUUCAGGCAUCCCUUAAUUUUUUAUGACAAUUGUUGUUAUUAUUAUUUGGGGUUUCUUGUGUUUGUUUUUCUCUGCAACUCUCCACACUAGAACCCGCUACCUUGUGGGGAGAGGCCAUGACUGAGCUCUGCGCUGCGGUGGGAUGUAGCAGAUCUGGUUCCCACCACCCAGCGGGGCUGCAGCUCGCAGUAAUCACGACUGAUUCAAAGCUUUAUUUAGCCCUCAUCUGUACCCUCAUAGUCGAUAAGGUCUUGCCACAUUUUAUUAGUGAGGCUGAGAAACGUAUUAUUUGUUGUUCUGCCUCCCCCCCUCCUCCACCCCCCUGGUAUUAAACUGUGAAAUCUGUGAUUUGUUUAAAACUCUGGGUGAAUCAUAGCUUAGUGUGCAUGUCCAGCUAAUUUGUUUCUAUUCAUUUUGUUUGAUUUUCUUUCUCCUUCUCUCAGGGCUUUUACAAAAAGAAAUAUAUAUAUAUGGAUCUCUGAAAAGUUUUUUUUGAGGUGCAAGUUUUUCUCUUUUGUUUUUCUCUUUGAUUUAUGGACACAAUGCUGAGAUUCAAUCACUACAUGAAACUCCUGGCUGUGAAAACAAAAAACCCAGGGUUAUUUCCUGAACAGCCCUGGGGAAGCUACGUGACAGUCGGACGCCUGUUUUAGAACGAUUCAUGUACCCUCCACUUCUCUUGUCUCUUUCCUCUCCUCUUUCUUCAAGAAGGAAGUUGAUCCUAGUGAUUUCAGCCCAUGCAUUAAACAGGAAACAAUAAUAAAUGUGUAGAACUCAUAUUUUUCUAAAGGGAACUUAAAAACUGCUGCUACAUGUUAUGUACAAAACUGGUUUAUGCCACAUGAACAGAAUCACAAGUUUGGUUUCGGUACUUUUUGUUCCUCUUUGUAUUCAGUUGUAUAGUAACUUCCAAAUUCAGAAUGAGAAGAAAAGCUGUUCUGUAUCAAACCAUCUAAGCAAUAAAUGUUAUAUUUUAAAAACAGCAGCUUGCUCAUCA